GUAGGCCCUCCAUGGAAUGAGUUUGACACCCCUGCAUUAGAUGGUGAAUGCCCUUAGAAUAAGAGAUCACUAUAGGGCAGAGGUACUUAACUCACCCUAUGAGGUCCAGAGCCUGCUGUUUUCUGUUCUACCUUAUCAUUAAUUGCACACACCUGGUGACCCAGGUCUACAGCAGUCCCCGAUGGAGAAAAAAAAUGCAGAGGAACUGGCUUUGAGGUCCAGAGUUGAGUUUGAGGGCUUUUCUUCUGAUCACAAUUUUUGUGUAUUAUAAACGUGUACACUCACCACAUGAAUCGUAAUUCAAACUGCCUUUGAUAUAACCAAGUUAUUAUAAGCUUCAUUGGUCAAAAAUACAGAGCAGUAGAUCAUACGUAGGAAUGAGGGAGCUUUAUUAAUGCCUCGGGCAUGCCACGAUUCAAUCUGUUUAGCGUUGAUUGCAUUCGAUUUGGAAUCAGGCUGCCUCCCGGGCAUGGUGCCCGGUUAUGGCCGACGGCAAAGUCGGCUCAAAACAAAAGUAAUGUAACUAAGCACGUAGACUGAUGAGUAGGAUUUUGUUUUCACAAGCAAAAUUGAUUGCUUUUGAAAAAAAUGCUUUAUCUGCUUUCCCAAUGAAAACUAGUUAGAAAAUUCAAAAGUAUUUUAUGGAAAAUGUAUGUUUCUGGACGAUGCGCCGUGCUGCCUGGUUGACAACAUGACUAAACGGCUCAGAUUACUGUUUGAUUUGAGAUCGCCUCCCUCCCCGCUUUCGCCUGGUUAAUGAUUCAACCCGAGCCAGCGUAAUAAAACUCCCUCUUUGGUUCCGUCUGUCUGAGUCAGCUGUAGCUGCUGCCCUCCAGUGCCUGAUGUGGGAUAAAAAAAAAAUAGGAACAGUCCCUGCUUGUUUGCUAUUGGUUUCUUUUAAAGACUUAUACAUAUUUUCUAAUUGUGUUAAAAAUGUGUUUUUUUGGGCUAAGAGAAAUGUGUACUUCAUCCAAGAUAUUCUUAGUAAUUAAAAAAAAAAAACGGAAGUACGAAUAUACGUUUUCCUUGACAACCAGCAAUGCGUUCUUAGCAACUGCCUCAGAAUGGCAAAAAUGAUUGGUGCUAAGAAAUCGUUGUGGCAACAAGUCUGUGAAGAAUAUGAGUCGGAGCAGCCCAGUCCACCCAGCGCUGCUUGGACAGACAGUGGUUCAGUGAGCACUCAUGUCUCCCAGUACAGCGCCAGCAAGCACUCUCCUGUCUUCUAUGGUCUCAUGGCUGCUAAGGUUGCUGUGGAUGAUGAUCCUGUGAAGCAUGUUGACCCUCUUCUGAGCCACCCUGCCCUUGCUGGAUACUCUGCCUUGGACAAACCUCCAUCCUUCUGUCACAGACAGCCUCUGACCACACACCCUGCAUCCACUCCCCAGCUCCAUCAACGCCCAAUCACCCAGUUCCUGGAGGGGUCCGUGUUCCCAGUGCUACUGCCUGGACUGGAGGCCAUGCUGAGAGAGGCCCAGAGACAACACUGCCUGGAGAGGAAAAGAACAGCAUUCAACGCUUGUGACUUCCUAACUGAGUGGCUGUACAAUCGGAACCCCCGCCGGCAGGGACAGGCCCCAGUGGACUUCCAUGAGAUCCCAUUUGUCAAGGACUGGCUCAGGAUACAUCCCAGGCCUCCCAUCCCUCUCUCCCUACUGCUGUCAGACCAGCAGGCUGCUGUUCUCAUCCAGUCCUUCUGGCGGGGCUAUACCGUGCGGGCCCGUGCAGAUGUGCAGGAGCUGCGCCAGUGGCAGAGGGAGCUUAGAGAGGAUAACCGUGACAUCACCAAAACAGUCCAAGAAUUCUGGGCUCACCAGGAGAGCCGGGUGAGUUCGGCCCUCAAUGACCUCAGGGGGGACUCUACCACCCCUCAGACCCCUCAGCCCGGCGGUGGGUACUCCAACUCAGACGUGUCCAUCCAGGUGGUCUCCCCCACCCCCCAGAGCACCGUGGUCCACACCCCCACCUCCCAGAUGAGUCCUGAGAGCACCGAGUCGCUGACCCCCAGCCUGCAGGGAGUAGAGGAGCUGACCAGGGAGGAGAGGACACUAACUGACUCACUGACCCUGCCCGAGGCUGCUGCCGUUGCGGCUUUAGCCACCGCUAUGGAUACCUUUUCCCCAUCCUUAGGGAGCCACUGAAAGGCCAUAGAGGCUGAGGCAAUGUGUGUCCCAAAUGGCACCCUAUUCCUUAUACCAGAGCUGCCACAUCCUGGUCCUGGAGGGUUGAAAUACAGUGGCUUGCAAAAGUAUUCACCCCUUUGGCAUUUUUCCUAUUUUGUUGCCUUACAUCCUGGAAUUAAAAUUGAUUUUUUUGGGGGGGGUUUGUAUCAUUUGAUUUACAC